GUUGGUUGCGCUUGCGCAUGGCUUGGACUGGCGAACCCAACCUGUUAUCUGAAUAAUCGGAUCGGAAUCAACAAUGUCGAUAAUCUUUAUCAAUACCCUUCAAUUUAUAUAUGUUCAGUUAGUUCAGUGUUUCUUUGACGGAGUUGAAAAAUUCAAAAUUCCGAUCAUCGAUGAUCCUGUCACUGUUGUAAUCUUAUUUUUCGAGUAAAGUGAUUCCUGCCGUCCAGCGAAUGCGAAUUACUGGUUUGUCAGUGAAAAUCGCGUUAAUUAAACAAUUGACUCGAGUAUUUCAUUCGGCAAGUUAGCCAUCGGUUAGUGUUGAAAAUGGAUUCGAUGUGUGUAAUCGGUAUUGAUUUCGGUAACGAAUCGUCGUGUAUAGCCGUACUUCGAGACGGAGGAAUAGAAACCAUCAGUAACGACUUCAGUCUACGGGCUACUCCAUCAUGUGUGGCAUUCAGUAAUCGAAACAGAAUUCUUGGUGAGGCGGCCAAGAAUCAGUUGAUAACCAAUCUUAAAAACACCAUCUUCGGGUUCAAAAGGUUGUUAGGUAAGAAUUUCGAUGACCCGACUGUUCAACACGAGUUACGUUACGCACCAUACCCAACCAUUCGUUGUAAAGAUGGUACGAUCGGUGUCAAAGUUCGUUACUUGGACGAAGAAUAUGCAUUCUCCAUUCAACAAAUAACCGCUAUGUUUUUCACCAAGCUGAAAGAAACCGCUGAAAUGGCAUUGAAAUGCGAAGUCAAUGAAUGUGUGAUAUCAGUCGCUUCGUUUUUCGAUAACGCCGAACGUCAAGCGUUACUAGACGCAGCUACCAUCGCUGGUUUAAAAGUUUCACGUAUAUUCAACGAGACUGCGGCUACAGCGUUAUCUUACGGUAUCUAUAAACAAGACCUUCCAACCCCCGAAGAGCCGCCUCGUAAUGUCAUAUUCGUCGAUUGUGGACACUCAUCGUUACAAGUAUCCGCUUGCGCUUUCAAUCGAGGUAAAAUGAAGAUGUUAGCUUCGACCGCAGAUCCUCACCUAGGAGGACGCGCUAUUGAUAUCAUUCUCGCCGAGUAUUUCAGCGACCAAUUCAAAUCCAAGUAUAAAAUUGAGCCGACGAAAAAUCCUCGAGCCAUGUUACGUUUACUCGACGAAGUAGAAAAACUAAAAAAACAAAUGUCCGCCAAUUCUACGAAAAUACCUUUGAAUAUCGAAUGUUUCAUGAACGAUAUAGACGUACAUGGUGAUCUGAAACGUACUGAUAUGGAGGAGCUUUGCGCCGAAUUAUUCGAACGUGUUAAACAGACUAUGCUGAGGUGCUUACAAGAAUCCAAGUUGAAGAAAGAAGAAAUACAUUCCAUCGAGAUCGUAGGUGGUUCGAGUCGCGUGCCAGCGAUUAAAUCGCUCAUUGAGAAAGUAUUCGGUAAAGUACCUAGUACAACUCUGAAUCAAGACGAAGCUGUAGCUCGUGGUUGCGCUCUUCAGUGCGCGAUGCUUUGCCCGGCUAUCUUUGUUCGAGAUUUUAGUAUCACCGAUAUUCAAAAUUAUCCGAUUAGUGUUAUUUAUGAUCCAACAUAUAAUGACUAUUUAGAGGUAUUCCCCAAAGAUCACGCGAUACCGUUCGCUAAGAAUCUGACUUUCUGCAAAUGCGAACCCUUUGAAUUCAAAGCUGUGUACGCUCACAAUAACAAAUUGAUCGGUAAAUUCAUCAUUAACGAUGUCAAACCCGACGCUCAAGGUCAAAAACAGGCAGUUAAAGUGAAAGUUCGCAUCAAUAUUAAUGGUAUUUUCACCGUAUGCAAAGCGACUUUGGGAAAUGUAAAAACCAACGAAUUACCGGUCGAAGCCGAACUGGUCGGAGCUUACUCUUCGAACGAAUUGAGUGAACUGAUAGUACUAGAGUGUAAAAUGACAUCUACGGAUCGUCAAGUACCAGACAGAAUCCACGCCCGUAACACUCUCGAAGAAAACGUUUCCGAUUCAAAUGUGAAUGGUCAACUCGAUACCACCGCUGAUUUAUCUCCGUUCCUCCAAAAACAGAAAUUUUUCAUUGAAAUGAUCGAAUCACUGGAACCGACAGGCGAUCUCAACCUUCAAGAAGCGAAAGUUCAGUCAAAGCAUUUGGAUAAGUUUUACGAAAAAUUUAUUUCCAACCAGAGUGAAAUCGCUACUCUAGUCAAAGGCGCUCCAUUCGGCGAUCAGGUUGAAAUUACGCAGACAGUUCAACGGAAAGUCCGACAAAUUCAAACAAAGUUGGAAGAAAAUAUCUUACCGAUUAAAACCGUACCACAGACGUCGGCGAGUUCUGUAAUAAAUGAACAUUCCAAUCAAACCAAACGUCCUCGCGUCAUCGUCGACUCUCUCGACUCUCAAUUGAAAAAGCAAAAAUCUUUGAUCAGGCAGAUCGAAUUAAUUGAAUCGAAAAACGAUCUCAGUGCGAUUGAAGCUGAAACAUUCCACAGUUAUCUUUCGCAACUUCACGAUGCGUUCGUUAAAAAUCAAUCGGAGAUAGAAACCUAUAUCGGCGGUUCUGCCCUCGAUGAGCAGUUACAAAUCACUGAAGGAAUUCUCCAAAAAGUGAUCGCCGUUCAGAUCAAGCUGAAAGGAAUUUUAGCUCCGGUUGUAGUUACGUCGUCGGUAUCACAGGCUGUUUCGUCUGGUGAAGUUAAUGCUCAAGUUAAAUCAUUAGAAUCGGUUUCGUCGGUACCUAAAGCUCCUUUGUCUGAUGAUGUUGACGCUUCGUCAUUAGGAUCACAGAGUUAUUUGAAUACGUUGAUGGAAAGACUCGCCAAUAAUGAAAAUGAUGUAUAUGAAAAAAUUCUUAAAAAUCUAGAUCAUCCUCCUGUGGUUGCGGGAAGCAUUCAUUUACGUCCUUGGGUCGACAACGUCUACUGGUGGUUCGUUCAAAACCGAAAAAUUGCUGAAGAUCUUGUUCGUCAAUCUCCUUGUCCAUGUGAUGUCGAUCUUAAAAAAGUGGAAGAAAUUUCCGGAAGAGUUGAACGAGCUGUCAAGGAUUACAAAUUGUAUUGCGAAGGGCGAAUUUUGAAAGAAAAAUUGAAUUACAUUUCUUCAAUGAUUGAAGCUCGUGAAAAGAAAUGAUUAUUACGAAGAAGAUUCAUUAUACUCGCAUCCUAUUUGUUUUAUGGUUUGUUUAUUUCGAUUUAGUGGUCUGGUGCGUCUGGUUUAUUGAUGUACGUAUAAAACUUGAGAUUAGAAAAAAUAAAUUUGUGUUUUCUGUUAUGUAGGUAGGCAGAUGAGCUUUAUUUUUUGAUUCAUUUUUCAUUAUUUCAGUUAAUCAUUGAUGUACCUAUUAUUGCCAGUCUUAUCGUACCUAUAGCAUUUUUACAUAAUUAAUUAUGUCAUUAGAUUAUAGAUAUCAUUUGUGUUGUUUGGCGAAUAAAUAAAAUUGUCGCUAAGAUUAA